AUGUCCGGCCAAACAGAAAGUGAAGUGAAGCCGAGAGCGGUUCUCCGUAUCACUCCCAUAGACGCGGAUGCUACCUUGGAGCUCCGCCAGUCCGUUUUGUGGCCCAGUCUUUCGAUUGCAGAUGUUCUUCUCGCUGAAGAUGGCAAUGGUCUCCAUUUUGGAGCUUUCGUACCACAUCACGGAAAGCCCAUUGCCGUCAUCUCGUUAUUUGACGAACCCUUACCGGAACAACACCUUGUAAGAUGUGGGAAUGAUAGCCCUUCUCAGACAAAGGCUGCGCGCUUUCGUAAAUUUGCCUGCGAUCUGAUGCACCAGAAUCAAGGCAUAGGGACCCACUUGCUUCAACAUGCGGUUGAAGCAGCUCGAUCGAAGCUAGGUGCAAGCAUCAUUUGGUGUGAUGCCCGGACAUCGAGUAGUGCCUGGUAUAAGAAACGUGGAAUGAUCGAAUUUGGUGAUCCGUUCUACAAGGGAGAUGUGCAGUAUAUUCGGAUGAAGAUGUCCUUGGACGCAGAUACUUGCAAGACCAGUGCGUAUAACGCCAUUUAG